AUGGGAGCGCUCGUGUCACAGGCGAUCCUGCUUGCUUCGUUGCACGUAAUCGUUGGAGAAGAGGCGUCACAGUUUAUCUUCAACCUGGAGAAGACCGUAGAAAGAUACGCGAAGGACUACGCGAAGAAGCACGGGACCACCGUACAGUUCUUCGACAUAACGGCGUCAAGGCAGGAGUUGCAGCAUCGCCCGGUGUACAAAAGGCACAAGCUGACCGUGACGGCGACAAACUUUCAGUUUGGAGAACCCAUCGGGGAACACUAUCCGCCCACACAGGUCUACACCGCCACGUUUACAAACGGCCAGGGCUCAUCGGAUACCAUACAAACUGUAUCGCAGACCUACACAAACACGGAGUCCACCACCACCAAGUUGGUCAGGGGAUUUCAGACGAACUACGAAACCAGCGUUACCAUCGGAGUACCUCUCGUUACUAGUGUAGGCGGCAAAUACAACUUCGAAUACAGCCUCAGCAAGACGACGUCCGAGGUCAAGACCACAACCGAAACUUUGAAAAUCGAGGUCAAGGUUGCCGUGCCACCGAAAAGGACAGUGCAAGUCACGUGGUACGUCACCAACAAGGUCAUGCCAGUGCGGUUCAUCAUUCAUCGGGAAUACGAGAAUAAGACCGAAAACAACGACAUUGCAUUGAUAAAGCUGGACACACCUUUUAACAUUUCGGGAAGCCGUAGAAUGAUCGGCACAAUUUGCCUUACUAGGAAGCCUGUGGACUACACGAAGACUAUUGAGGUGGCUGGGUGGGGCUUGUUGCGUGAAGUCGACAGGAUCGUGGACGUCGUCGGCCACUUCGACAACAUCGUGUGCCAGGAAGACGACGAGGCCAGUGCUGGCGCGGAGUGUGGCGGUGUCCAGGACUUGCCGAGACAACGAGCAGCUGUCAACAAGCAGCUUGGCGACACCGGAGGCCUUCAGCGGCGGCAGCCGGGUCUCACUGAACAGACUCUGCGUGCGGUGAUCGACGCCGGGACUCGCGAGUUCGGCGGCGUCAACGACUUGCGCGGACUCUACAGCACCGCCAG